GAGGCGCGGAGACGACGGUCCGUCGAACACACGAUGGCGGCUCGGGGCGGGGGGAGGGGGGGCGCGUGGCCUCCGCCCUGGCUUCCUCCCCUGCCGUCCGUGCGGGUUGACCUGGAGAGCAGGGCCGCUUCCUACCGUGUCCCCGAGGCCGGCAGUCGGUUCACGCGGGCUGUGGGCUUUUGUUUUCAGUCAGCGCGUCCUCGUCAGGGGUUGUGCGCGUGGCUGAGUGAAUUGGCAAGGCUUAGAGAGACGGUUCUUCGCCGUGCCGGAGCUGCGUUCACUCAGGAGCAGGCCUCCGGGUUGCCUUUCUGCCAUUUCUCUGAGCAAGCCCCGCGUUGGGGGCCUGGGACCAACACCUGCACAGAAUGACAACCCGGCGAGGAGGAAGCACUUGGCUCAGGCCCACAGCGUCAAGUGUGGUGAACAACAGAAGUCACUGGUGGCCAAGCAGCCGGCCUGGCCGCUGGGGCCGAAGCGCUGCGUGCUGUUUCCCGCACAGAGACCGGGGUUGGGGGGACGUCGCCGAGCGCCGAGCCCCUCGCGGCUCUCUCCUGCCGUUUUUCACCCGACUGACGUGAAGUUUCAGAAAGCUGGCAAAAGCCCUGGCCCUGAGGGAACGAGCCUCCUACGUCCAUCUGUCCCAGGGGAGAGCGAAGUCCACUUCAGCUGGAACCACGGUGGCAUGCCCUGGAAGUCGCUCGUCACCCCCGGGCCUCAGAGCUGCAGGAGCCCGGGGUGCAUUGCUCUCCUCUUGCCACAAUUAUGCCCCCACUCUGUUGUAUUCUCAGGCGUUGGACAUAUGCCUUAGAUUGGAAUGGUUUACAGUUUUCAAAAAAUAUAUAGACUUGAGCAUAAACAAUUCUGACUGACGGGCUGAAGUAUUAUCAGGGUUUUUUUUUUUUUUUUUUCUUUAACUCUGAAAGAUUUGGAAACUGAGGCAUAGAGAAGAGGAGUCAGUGGAUUUUGAAGGCUCAGACGAUUGUUAAAGGCACAGAAACUGUUUCAAGAUGUCUUUACUGUAAGGACUCAAGGACAAUGUUAUGGGUCCCAGUAGUGGGUCCUGGCUUUAUCUCUACUUCUCUCCCACUCUUUCUCAAACAAGAUCUACUUGUGAGGUCAAAAGAAGCCCACCCUACACCUCCCAAAAGGGCAACCAAAGUUCUAGCUAUAUGCAAAGAUUAUAUAGAUUUUCUAAAUCUGAAUUCAAAAUUACUGGGAGAAAACAGUUUAUACUCCUUGGCUUGAGUGUCGAAUCAUCUUUGGCCAAGCUGGCUGGUUUUUUCAGUACUUACUGCCCGUGAAAGAACAGCAGUAGUUAACAGAGGGAGGAAAGUGGAUCAUGAGUUUGGAAAAACAGGCUUAGAAUUCCUACUCUACGGUUUGGUGGAGCUGAAGUUUGGGACCUGUGUUGGGGAUCACAAAUGCAAACUCAUACGAGGGCUGUUAAAUAAUAGAAAUGACGCCGGUACCCAGAUAGAGACUCAUUCCCACUGCAGGAAGCUGCUGCUUCUCAGCUCCAGCUGACCAACUGUGCAGGCUGAAGCCCACGGCGCGCUCCGGCCCUGAAGCUCUGAAGGAUGGGUAAAGACUUCCGUUACUACUUCCAGCAUCCCUGGUCGCGCAUGAUUGUGGCUUACCUGGUGAUCUUCUUCAACUUCUUAAUAUUCGCGGAGGACCCGGUCUCUCACAGCCAGACCGAAGCCAAUGUCAUCGUGGUUGGAAACUGCUUCUCGUUUGUAACCAAUAAAUACCCCAGAGGGGUUGGCUGGAGGGUGCUGAAGGUGCUGCUGUGGCUGCUGGCCAUCCUCACCGGCCUCAUAGCUGGCAAGUUUCUCUUCCACCAGCGUUUGUUCGGUCAGCUGCUGCGGCUGAAGAUGUUCCGGGAGGACCACGGGUCGUGGAUGACGAUGUUCUUCAGCAUGAUCCUCUUCCUCUUCAUUUUUUCCCACAUCUACAACACGAUUCUUCUGAUGGAUGGAAGCAUGGGAGCCUACAUCAUUACAGACUACAUGGGCAUCAGAAACGAGAGUUUCAUGAAAUUGGCCGCAGUAGGGACCUGGAUGGGGGACUUUGUCACAGCGUGGAUGGUCACGGAUAUGAUGCUGCAAGACAAGCCCUACCCCGACUGGGGAAAAUCCGCGAGAGCCUUCUGGAAGAGGGGCAAUGUCAGGAUCACCCUGUUCUGGACGGUGCUGUUCACGCUGACUUCGGUGGUCGUCCUCGUCAUCACCACCGACUGGAUCAGCUGGGACAAGCUGAACCGGGGCUUCCUGCCCAGCGACGAGGUCUCCAGAGCAUUCCUCGCGUCCUUCAUCCUGGUCUUUGACCUGCUGAUCGUGAUGCAGGACUGGGAGUUCCCGCAUUUCAUGGGUGACGUGGACGUCAAUCUCCCUGGGCUGCACACCCCUCACAUGCAGUUCAAGAUCCCUUUCUUCCAGAAGAUCUUCAAGGAGGAAUACCGCAUCCACAUCACAGGUAAAUGGUUUAACUAUGGAAUUAUCUUCCUCGUCUUGAUUUUGGAUCUUAAUAUGUGGAAGAACCAGAUAUUCUAUAAACCUCAUGAAUAUGGCCAGUACAUCGGCCCAGGGCAGAAGAUCUACACCGUAAAAGAUUCAGAAAGCUUGAAGGACUUGAACAGAACCCGGCUCUCCUGGGAGUGGCGGUCCAAUAACACCAACCCACGGACGAACAAAACGUACGUGGAGGGAGACAUGUUCCUGCACAGCAGGUUCAUAGGGGCCAGCCUCGACGUCAAGUGCCUGGCCUUUGUCCCCAGCUUGAUUGCUUUUGUGUGGUUUGGAUUCUUCAUCUGGUUCUUCGGACGGUUUCUGAAAAAUGAGCAGGGCAUGGAGAAUCAAGACAAAACGUACACUCGCAUGAGAAGAAAGUCUCCCUCGGAGCACAGCAAGGACAUGGCCAUCACCCGGGAGAACACCCAGGCGUCCGUGGAGGACCCGCUGAACGACCCCCCCAUGGUGUGCAUCGGGCCCGACUUCAAUGAGAUCGUCUACAAGUCCUCCCACCUGACCUCGGAAAACCUGAGCUCGCACCUGAAUGAAGCUGCCAGUGCCACAGAGACCGACCAGGACCCAGUGACGCCCAAAGCCUCCCCCACGAACUAGAGCCCCCCACUUGGAGACAGCACAAAAAGCAGCCUUGGGUGCAACUUUAGAACGGUAGUCCUUCCUUUUGUCACUGUCGGGUUUACGUAGCAUUAGGAACACAGACGAUGCCACAACGGUGCUCAACAUGCUUUUUCUAGGACUCCUUGUUUUCUAUUUGUAUUCUAAGACAUGUGCCUCCAGUACGUCCAGACAGACCCCUAGAGAUUGCUUUCACAGUUGCACAAGCUGCUUGCUGACUUCACGGCGCGUAGAAGAUCCGCUGACUCCCCAUGUAUCUGAUGUUCAACCAUAGUGGUGCCUUGAGACAUUAAACCGUCUCUAAGUGUCGCAGGAACGAGCGUGAGACAGCUCUCACCUGGUUCACAGGGCGGUUUUGUACACACUUGUUUUGAUCCACCCUUGAUGUCUGAGCAGAGAACAGGCAUAGCUGAGACGGCUCAGGAAGUCUCCAUUCCUCCCUGGGCAGCAUCCUCGGUGCCGUUGACAGCUGGGCUGCAGAGAAGCAAGGGGACAACCUUUUCAUUUCCAUUGGCUGUCGGCCAAAUAAGAGUACAGGCGCGAAACUCAGUCAUAGGAGAAAUGCAAUCCAGCACGGGUCACUGCUUGUGAAAUGCGACUUUCUCCAGCCAGUAAUUGCAAUUAGGCAAUAAUACCUAAUUAUGUUUUCCUAAUUAAAGAUAAAUUGCUACUUGAUUAAAAAUCCUGCCCUUCACCUUUGGGAACAAAGGUUAAGUGGCACAGUUGGGUGAACUCUCAAAUUUAUUGGCAUCUGCACAAAGCCCUGGGUGAGCGUUUUUAAUCACAGAAGGCUGGCAAGGCCACCAUCUCCAAUAUGUGUGCAUUUGUCUACAAAUAGGACCCAGGACGGUUGGGAUUGGAAAACGCAGGCCAGCACUGAGCCAGGGAGAUCCUCAGAAACUCGGGCCACGGAGGCUUGCGGGGUGGGAGACGCAGUGCAUGAAAGCAUCUGCCUAGUGUCUUGUCCGGUGUGUACGUGUUUCUGUUUUUAAAGAACUCAACAUCGCACAUGAAUAAAUGAGAA